UUAUUUAUUCGCUCUCAUUUUGUUCAGUUGAAGUAUCGUAAUACAAAAGGUGGGCGUCAUGAACGGUUCAGAUGGGGAGACCAUCACAGUGCAAGUGCAGGAGACUGCUGGUGGGGUGAAGAACUACCCUGAAGAGCAGAACAACGCUCCGGUUGAGGUGGCGGUGAGUACCACAACAGAUCUCUUUGCGUUGGUACGCGAGGCUGUCCAAGAGUGCGGUGCCCAGGGGGACAUCGAGCCAGGAGACAACGAGAAGCAGUCUGACGCUGAGCCAGUGAUUGUUGUGGAGGAGGGCCAGAACCCGUCGCCGCCGUCGUCUUCGUCCCCAGCCCUUAGUGGCCAAGAUAUUAGCGACGAAGUCGUCGAAGAUAGUAAGGCCAGCAUGGCUCCUGUUGAUGCCAAAUUGCAGGCAUUGUUCGAGCGUCAGCAGAUUAUUAAGCUACUGUUGGGUCUUUGCGAUGGAGCAGAUGGCGACGGCGAGACCAUCCAUAUCGUCAUGGAGCUGCUUGGGGCCCAGAGCGAUGGACGAAGCGCAGUUGAUCGCGUCACUGAGCAGCUGCUCACAGUGCUACCAGAGCAGACUCUUCUGGAUGAGGGGAUAUUCAUUGGCAACGAGCGCCAUCGCUGCUUCAAGAGUGUUCUUGGGAACUAUGCCAAGAUUCAUGCUGCCCGACGUUUCAUCGAGCAGCUGCCCACACUGGGGCUCAACAAUUUUCUCGAUGACAAGCAGACAUUGCUCGCUCGCAUUGUGGCCGACGAUGUGCUGAAGAUACCAGAAUUGAUACGUCAACUCUGGUUGUCACUCGAGGAUAUGGAGUUUUUUAAUGAAGACACCGCCUUUAAGGCCUACCUAAAGGCCCGCCAUCAUCCCCAUGGCAAGAUCCUACGUGAGCUCAUGCUCAGCCGCAUAUCACGUGUGUUCCUAUGCGUGGUCAGCUCGACAUUCUUCUUGUACUUCACUGAGGUCGAGAUUAUACAUAUCCUCAAGAACUGCUACUUGAGUGUUAACUCGGAAAUCGAGAUAUUUCUCUCGGUUGUACUUUGGCUGGAGCACGACUGGACCGAGCGUCGUGACUGCGUUGAGCGUGUUCUUUCAGAGGUUCGUUUCGGCCUGAUGCCGACCUGGUAUCUGUCCACCCUAGACCGUGCCAAUCGCUGCAUUCAUUUUGCUCGUGUCACACAGUUUCCAGGCGUUCAGGCUCUGGUGGCCAAGGGACUCGAGGAUGCUGUGGCUUUGAAGAAGAAACCUUGUGACAGUUCUUCAAAUACUGAAGGGAACAAAAAGGAUGAUGGUCCUAUUCCCCGUGAGUGGAUCGCCGAUCCCGCUUGUCUCUAUCACCACAAGUGCCACUGCCAGCGCUUCGUUUAUCCGACAUACGAAGUCUUCAAGCAGUAUUUGGCUCGGAUCAUUAGCUGCGCCCCCUACUACUGGCGCACCUUUCGCCCGGCCCAGGAGGUCUAUCGCAAUCAGCUGCGCUGCUGCUCAUUGCCAAACUUUCAGUAAGCUUUUACACACUUACAAAAAACAUUGACAUUCUGGAAGGAAGGCAUGUAACGUCGUUCAGUAUCAAUGGAGCACGCUAUCCCCUACCAAUAAGAAAAUGAAGCACCAAACUAUUUACACUGUUACACUGUCGAAAUGCCCUUGCUGAAGGCGAAACACGCACAACAAAUCGCAAUGUGAGCCACGGUUGUCUUCUUGCCCAUUGGAAUGAUUCAAUUUACAUUCUAUACGGUUUUCUUCACCCAAUCACUUUGCUUACCUCUUAGCACACAUACUUAGCACACAUACUGAUACUACCACACAGAUACUCAUUGAGACCACUCAAAGAAUAAAAUAUCCAAACACUAUAGUACGCUGCUACACGGAAAGCAUUUUAGCGGAGCGAUUGGAAAUGUAACCAUAUAACCAUAACAUAAUAUUCUCGGACCAAAUACCAUUGUGAGAAAUACUUCAUACACCACAUAUCUAGACACCACCAGCCCCAUCGGAAAAAUGGGAGAAGUCCGAGAAUAAAUAUUGUUAUUGGGAAAUAAUUGAA